CUUUUCUUUUCUUUUCCCCCAAACAAAGAUUUUCAUUCCAUUUCUCUAAUCAUGGAGCUUGUACCCGGUCUUCCUAAUGAUAUUGCCCGUGAAUGUUUAGUUCGUGUCCCAUACAAUGAUUUCUCCAGUAUUGCAUCGACUUGUAAAGACUGGAAGAUCGAAAUUCAUUUACCUGAGUUUUUCCGUCGCCGGAGAGCCGCCGGGUUUAGUAAACAUGUGAUGGUUAUGACUCAAUCCCGAGUUGACCCGGAUAGAGAUUCGGGUCUGAAAUGCCAGGCCGUGCCUGUUUAUCGGAUGGUGGUUUUUGAUCCCCAUACCGGUUACUGGUGUGAGUUGCCACCGGUUCCGGGGUGUUCUGAUGGGUUGCCGGUGUUUUGUCAGGUUGUUGGAGUCGGGUUAAACGUUGUGGUGAUGGGUGGGUUGGAUCCGGAUACUUUUGAUGUCCGCAACGAGGUGUAUGUGUACAAUUUUUUAUCGGCUACUUGGCGGCGUGGGGCCGACAUGCCGGGCGUGAAGAGGGUCUUCUUUGGAUGUGCUUCGGAUUCGGAUCGGAUGGUGUUCGUUGCCGGCGGACACGACGGUGAGAAAAAUGCUUUGAGAUCGGCAAUGGCGUAUGACGUGAACACUAACAAGUGGGUCCAAUUGCCUGAUAUGGAAAGAGAACGUGACGAAUGCAAGGGAAUGUUCCACCUCGGAAAUUUCCACGUCAUCGGUGGAUAUUGUACAGAUAGGCAAGGCGAAUUCGAGAGUAGCGCCGAACUAUUCGAUGUUGCCACAUGGCAGUGGAGCCCAGUACAAGAGAACCUCUUAUUACACGGCACGUGUCCUAAUACUUGCGCGAUGGCUGACGGAGCAUUAUACGCGUGCGAAGGAGGUGACGUGGCAAAACUCGAAGCGGACACAUGGAAACCGGUAGCCGAGCUACCGAUUGAGAUAUGCAAUACAGCUCUUGUAGCCACAUGGGAAGACAAAUUGUUGGUCAUUGGUUCCCCAAACUUCGGUGAGCCCCACAUCGCUUACGCGUUGAAUUUACAAAACUACACGUGGACAAGAAUGAAACCGACGGACGAAUACUCGGGCCACGUUCAAUCCGGUUGCUAUUUUAGUAUUAUAAAUGAAUUCGGACAUUAAAAUCCGAAUCUCGUACUUGCACUGUAAUGUACAUAUGAAACACGUGUGUGUGUGUGC